AUAAAUAUCAUAAUGUUAAACCAAGCUGAUGUAAAUACUUAAACCUGUGUAUUUAAACAAGGUUGAUCAUUUGGAAGUUAGAGUAGACUUUACCGAUAAAGAUACAAUCUUUGUAGGGUGAACCUUUGCAAAUAACUUAGCAAAAUAUUGGAGAUGAUAAUUAUACAUAGAAAGGAAUAAGUUAAAUAUCAUUACAGGAGUAAAACUUAAGAACUGUGAAUAAAUGGUGUUGCUGGAAAUUAUAAUGUUUAAAAUGACUGUGAAACGAAAUUGGGACAGCUUUAUCAGUGAAUAGAUCAGUUCAGAUUACACAUUGAAUAAAAUAUCUACAAAAUGGCUACUGGUAAACAAAUAGAUACGGAUAUUCUUUCCGAUGAAAUAUUUGAUGUUUUAUGUUCAAUGUGUAAAAAUAAAGGGAAAAAUACUGAAGGUGAAAAAUACUGUGUAGACUGUAAGGAUUAUUUCUGUAUAACUUGUGUUCAAGUACAUGGUCAAGUGCCUCUGUGUGCUAGUCACAAGGUGCUGGAUAAAUCUCAAGUUAAGUCAGGAACCAGCAAAGGUCUGCCGAGGGCACCAACAGAGAGAUGUGACAGACACAGUCAUAAACACAUUGAUAUGUACUGUCAGAACCAUGAUAAUGUUGGAUGUUCUACAUGUAUGACUGUUGAUCAUAGAUUAUGCAAGGACACAUUCUACAUACCAGAAUUUAUCCAAAACAAUACUUUCCAAGUUGCAUCCAGAGAAAUUCAAUCAAAACUGAAAACCUAAAUCAAGACACUUGCAGAACAAGCGGAUAGAUUUAAACAUGAUAAACAAAGGCUGCUAAAGAGAAAAGCAGAAAUACUGUCUGAUAUCAGAAGAUUCCGUCAAGAAAUCAAUGAAUAUCUUGACAAGUUGGAGAAAAGUUCUAUCGAUAUGAUAGAAAAUAAAGUCAAAUGUCUUGAGGACAAAAUAGAAGAUGGUCUCAAACAGCUACAAGCACACAAGUCCAGGGUUACAUCAGCUAAUGAUAAAUUAGCAUCACCAAAAACCACAGAUCAAGCUGAAGAAUUUGUUUAUGUCAAGAUGGGAGAAAAUGCUGCAAAUAAUGCCAACAAAUAUAUAGAAGAUGCAAGAUG